AUGGCCACCAACAUCCAGCGAAGAACCGCCGCCGCAGCCGAAGCCCACCACCUCCCCGCCAUGCACAUGGCCAGGGAAGUGGCCCACCUGUCCACGCCGGCGCCGCCCGCCGCCGAGCUGCGCCGUGUGCCACCAGCCAGGGCCGCCGCCAUGGAUCCGAGGCUCCCCGCCCGAGGAGGAGACGCCUGGAUCCCUGCCGCCACCUUCACCAGUACCACGCGGCGGCGCCGAAAUGAUUUGGUCUAUAACAGAACAACAAAUAUUCCGUGUUUUGUAGCAGCAAAAGAGAAUAUGCAGCAUGCUCUUUCUGAACAAGUUGAUUAUACAACUGAAGCCCAUUUACGGACUCACUGGCGAUUGCUCACUUAUGUUACAAAGGUGUUGAGCUACUUCACCGCCAACAGCCCGGUUGUUUUCUGUCUCUCCAUGACCAGGAAGAUGAAGGAUGCCCUUGAAACGAUAGGCGAACUGGUUGUGGAGAUGAACACUUUUCACUUCCUCCAACAUGCCGAGGCACCAAGCGUUGAUCAUCCGCAAACACAUUCUCAAGUCGACGAAUCAGACAUUGUCGGCAGACAAGAGGACAAGGAACAAGUGGUGAAGAUAUUGCUUGACCACUCCCACGCCAAAAAUGACAAUGAUAAUUGCAAUGUCAUGGUGCUCCCCAUAGUUGGUAUGGGGGGGAUUGGUAAGACUACCCUUGCCCAACUUGUGCACAAUGAUGAGAGAGUGAAGCGUCAUUUUGACUUGGUUUUAUGGGCAUGUGUCUCUGACAAGUUUGUUAUUGAAGAAAUAAUCCGAUCUGUAAUAGAAGUGGCCACAAUGAACAAGUGUGCUUUGACUCGGAUAGAGACACUGCAGAAGGAACUAUGUCGAGUUUUGAGCACAGCCAGUACACUUCACUGGCUGCCACAGCUGGCAGCAAUGGGAUUGAAAUGUACUCCAGCCAGCCAGCCUCUCAAGUGGAAGAUGAUCCACAAACGACGAUCAGAGGGUGAAGCAUCAUUUUGA